CACGUGUCGGUCCUGCAAAGAGCAGAGAUGACUGAGCUUCGGGCUUUCCUUUAAGUCAUCGCCCCAGCGCUUCCCUGUAAACCAUCAUUCAAUGUUAUCGUCAUCUUCUAUUUUCCCCAGCACUGACGCACAACAAACGCUUUAAUCAGCCUGCUUAUCUAGGGUUCUUGCAAUUCAGGAGUGGAGGUUGAUCUACCCUGAAUUGAUCCGAGAUUGUUUUCCUUUUCUCCUCAGUCUACAUGGAGGGGAUAGAAGAAACAGAGAUAUCGGAGUCCCAUUUGUCAUCAGCUGCGGCUUUUGUGGAGGGGGGAAUACAGGACGCCUGCGAUGAUGCUUGCAGCAUAUGCCUUGAAGCCUUUUGUGAGAGUGAUCCUUCAACAGUCACAGGUUGCAAGCAUGAGUUUCAUCUUCAGUGUAUUCUUGAAUGGUGUCAACGAAGCUCUCAAUGCCCCAUGUGUUGGCAACCCAUCAGUCUGAAGGAUCCUACCAGCCAGGAGUUGCUUGAGGCUGUGGAACGGGAGAGGAAUCUUAGGUUUAAUCCUUCUAGGAAUGCCACCAUUUUUCAUCACCCAACUUUGGGAGAUUUUGAACUACAGCAUUUGCCUGUAGAUGCAAAUGAAGCUGAACUUGAAGAGCGUAUAAUUCAACACUUAGCUGCUGCUGCUGCAAUGGGCCGAUCACGCCACAUUGCUAGAAGGGAAGGCCACAGGAAUAGGUCCUCAGCCCAAGGUCGUCCACAGUUCUUGGUGUUCUCAACUCAUCCUAAUGCACCUCCCGUUCCUUCCUCUCCAUCUCAGAGCGGAGAAGGUGGAUCACCGCCCUCAAUUGCAGUAGCUACUCCAUCUUCCCCGCCUUUAGCUGUGGGGACUGAAUCUUCACCACUGAUUACAUCAUUGCCUGAUUCUCAAGGCGAUCAGGGUUCUGCCUCACCUGCUGGAUCAACUAUUUCUGCUGCCAAUCAACAUGGAAAUUCUUUGAACAAUAGGAGGUCCCCCAAUCAGUCUUCUCCAAACAGUCAAGACGGAGCAGGGCCAUCAGACUUCCAAUCCUUAUCCGAGACUUUAAAAUCUCGGUUCAAUGCAGUUUCAAUGAGAUAUAAAGAAUCAAUUUCGAAAAGUACAAGGGGUUGGAAAGAGAGGUUUUUCUCCAGGAAUACUUCUGUGGCCGAUAUUGGUUCUGAAGUCAGAAGAGAGGUAAAUGCUGGAAUUGCAUCAGUAUCACGCAUGAUGGAGCGACUUGAAACCAGGGAUAAUUGCGGAACUGAGAAUGCUUCUAUAUCAAAUUCAAACAAUAUUGUCGAUAGCUCAGUUCCAGAAUCUAAUAGCCAGCGGAUGUUGGAGGCUGGAGGUGAUAGUCCUUUACGCGAUAAAAACACCAAUGUGCAGGCCUCGUGUGCUGCAAGCUCUGGUUCACAUUAAGUAUUACUUCAGUAGUUGUGAUAGUUCAAGGUGCGGGACGCUACAGGUAUGGUGCUUGCACUUCUCUUGAAGCCAGUGGACAUCUCUUGUAUACAUAAAAAGGAGAAAUCCGUGAUGGAUGUAUGAUUCAGAAUAAAUAAACUGCAUAUUCAAAAUGCUAUUUUUAUUUUGGACUUGGAUAAUUGGAUUCCAGAGAUGAUUGUAAAUCAGUUUAUAAUAUUAGAAUCUAUUUAUGAAUUAUCUGACCUGAAUGCUGUUAGCUGUUGGCAUUUGAGAAAUCUUGGUGUGGAUACACUUUUUGAGGUUAAUGUAUCUACUGUCAGUUGCUCC